UGAGGUUCGCGGUUCGCGGUUCGCAUCGCACUCAAUCAAUGAUGGUGGCUAGGAUGAUAAUUGUCAUUGACUAGGGGGUGCCGGACGGGUCUGAUCAUCCAGUCGGUUCAUUCGCCCUUCAAAUCCACCUCCACCGGCACUAGACCAACUACUAUAUCAGGAACGGGAGCGCGCCAGUUGUUUACUCCACCUAUCUCCUGUGUACGGAGUACCUACUCCGUACGCGAUCGAUCCAUCGCUCGAGCCCUGCAGACUAUGUCUUCUGGGAAAUAAAACGUAAACCCCCGUGGCCAUGUCAGGCAGCAAUUCGCGGUACGUGGAUAUUUCCACCGCCCGCUCCAAGCAGGGCACUGUAAGUGUCGUCGGGGUAGUGGUCGAUGUCUUCGGGGGGAUCUACAAGUCUAGGGGCUCUUCCAGCUGCAUUACCUUCACAAUCAAAGACUGCGACCUAAACAAUGGGCAUACCUGGGACGGCCUGAAAAUCAAGUACUUCAAAGAUAAUGAGAAUGCAUUGCCUCCCGUUCGCCUGCACGACGUAAUCCUGGUGCGCGAUAUAUGGGUCACUUCACGUCAUGGGUUGAUUGGGGUCGCCUCGCAGGAUAAGAAUGUCCUCUGGGCAAUCUUUCGCCCAGACCCAGAUCCUACAUCCAGUCAUGCGCCGCUGUGUGGCCCGACUCCCUUCGAGCCGACUGCUUCGGAGAGAGUCCUCGCGAUGAAUCUGCUGAACGACAGCACCGCAGUUAACGACUUUCGGAAAGCUGCAGAACAUGCCCCUCCCCCGGGGGGCUCCUUUGUUCAAGCUGCAAUCCCGAAUUCCAAACCUCGCGCGCACAGAAGAUUAAUGCUUGUACAGGACAUUGAGGAGCGGAUGUUCGUGGACCUCGUCGGCGAAGUCGUCAAAAUGUACACCAAUGACGGUGAAAAAGUCCUCCUAUUCUUUACAGAUUACACCACCAACGCAGCUCUGGAGGACCAUCAACUCGACAAUGGAGACGGCAGUAACCCCGGGAGUGAGGGCGACGUGUAUGGCUACCAGAAACGGUCCCAUAAAAGCUGGCCCGGUCCGGCCGGUCGAAGGACACUCCAGGUAACGCUGUGGGAGCCCCAUGCGGCGUAUGCGCGCCAGAAUCUCCGGACGGACAGUAUCAUCACACUGAGCAAUGUCCACGUCAAACAAAGUCGCGUUGAUGGGAUACUAGAAGCAGCCAUUCACACAGACCGUCAUUUUCCCAGCAAACUCCAUGUACGCAGAGUGGAGGGGAGAAAUGACGAGGGCGUCGAGCAAUUCCUACAGCGCAAGUCGGAGUACUGGAAAGCGAACCCUCGAAAGCGAAAACAGGAAAACGAACCGCAGGACACCUCCAAAAAACCAGGCAAGAAGCAACGGAAGAAGCUUGAAAAAAUGGAAGAAGGCCAGAUGCCUAUACCACACGUAACCAACAAGCGGAAUGCACCAAACGAACACGUCGAAGCAGGCAGCCCAUCCGUCCCUAUCCAAUCCCUCGAGGCUAUCCUGUCGAACAAAUUCCACGACAACACCUCAUACGACAACGUCGAAUACCGUCUCCCGUUCCAGAACUUCUGCUAUCGAACAACCGUGCGCGUGGUCGACUUCUUCCCCCCAAGACUGGAGGACUUCGCGGUUCCACAACAAGCAAACCUAGACUCGGAUGAUGAAAUGAUUCUAAAUUCCUCUAACAAUUUCAUCAGAUGGGAGUGGCGUUUCUGUCUUCUCGUCGAAAGCGUGCCCCCUCCCCCCGCCGGACAGAUCAAGGAGAAAAUGAGGCUAUUUGUAGCUGGCCCCGACGCCGAAUAUCUACUGAAAAUCACCGCAGUCAAUCUAAGAAAAAACUCCCAACAAUUGGAGAUCCUACGACAAAAGCUCUUCCAUCUAUGGGGCGAUCUAGAGGAGCGCAAGAGGGAAGCCCUACAUGACGGCAACAAGAGCAUUCAGGACCGGGGCCUCGUCUCCUCCAGACCAUUCAAUUGUUGUCUCCAGGAAUACGGUGUCAUCUGUAGACACCGUCCCGAUGCAGAUAGCGAUGCCGGUGGAAGCGACUGUAGCGACGAACACUGUUUUGGCUGGGAGAGGCGUUUCUCCAUGUUCCUGACCACGAUCAGAGAUUGAUUACCUUGGUUAUAUACUAUACCCCUCGAGGUUUUGGAUAGCCCCGUUGGUUUGCGGGCCCGAAGCCCGGCUUAAAAUUGGCCUACUACCCACCCACCUACCUAGAGUUCUGUGUUUUUAAAAUCUGGACUUGGAUACCCAGAUCUAUCCCCUGGUUUCAGUUCCUGUAACUUUGUUUUGGGAGUCCACAAAAUGCC